AUGCGUCAAACAGCCAAUAAGAAAACGACUAAUCGGCCAGAGCGGAAGAAAAACCGAGGCGCGCUCGCAGAAGGAGGGGAGACGCCGGAAGAGUUCCAGGAAGCGACGCCAGGAGAAGGUCGGCCACCGGACCGAGAGUUGAAGACGGGCCGUCAGGUUCCGGACCCGAGCCAACAGGACUUCACCCGACCGGGGCCUCCUGCCAAACUGUUCCUGUGCGUCGCCACUCUACCCGAUUGUGCCGCUAGCUGCCCAAGGCCGGCGAGUUUCUGCACCCGUGGGCAGGACGAGAGCAGUCGGGCUACGGGCCCGAGUUCUACGCCCAGUUGCCCGGCCAGAACGCCCCGCCAUCUACUCGUGCCGCCUGCUGCCCGAGGCCGGCGUUCGAGCUUCUAUGCCCAUGGACAGGACGAGAGCAGUUGGGCUAUGGGCCCGAGUUCUACGCCCAGUUGCCCGGCCAGAACGCCGCCGCCAUCUGCUCAUGCCGCCUGCUGCCCGAGGCCGGCGUUCGAGCUCCUGUGCCCGUGGGCAGGACGAGAGCGGUCGGGCUACGGGCCCGAGUUCUACGCCCAGCUGCCCGGCCAGAACGCCGCCGCCGUGUGCUCGUGCCGCCAAGCCGCCUGCCUUCUGUCUCAAAGCCAGAGCUAG